CCGGCCGCGUCACGGGAGCGCGCGGGGGUCGGGCCGAGCGCGGCGGGGCCGCUCCGCUCCCGGUCCCGUCAUGCAGGCGGUGGAGCGGGACGCGGCGGCAGGCGGCCCCGAAGGGACGACGGGAGCUGCUGAGGCCCCGCCGGAGCCGUCGCCGCCCAAGGCCGCCGCUGCUUUCGACCUGCUGGAGCUGGUGCGGAGCUACCGGCGGCUGGAGCUCUACCUGGAGCCGCUGCGGGACGCCGCCGAGGGUGUGCGCUCCCUACUGCGGUGGCAGCGGCCUGUGUGCUCCCUCCUGGUCUGCCUCGGCCUCAACUUCCUCCUGCUCACCCUCGGCCAAGCCGCCUGGUACUCGGUGCUGGCCCUGCUGGUGGCCGUGCCGGCCCUGCUGGGUUACCUGCAAGAGACGUGCCGGGCCCGGCCCUCGGAGCCCGAGCUGGUGCGCAGGAGGUACCACAGCAUCCGCAGGGAGGAUCUGCGCAAGGUGCAGCUCUCGCGGCAGGAGGCCAUCGCCCAGGUCAAGAGCUUCCUGAUCCAGCUGGAGGGGUUUCUGAACGGGAUGUGCUGCAGCUGUGAGGCAGUGUACCGUGUGCUCUACUGGGAGAACCCCACUGUCUCUUCCCAGUUUUAUGGGGUGCUGCUGGGCACUGUCUGUGUCCUCUACCUGCUGCCCCUCUGCUGGGUCCUGGCCAUCCUCAAUAGCACCCUCUUUCUGGGCAACACCCAGUUCUACCAAGUGAUCAUGGAGCUCAAGGCCUCCAUCGAGCAGUGUGUGGGCUCCAAACCCCUCGAGAGCACUCCAGAGCCUGCUGAACCCCUGCCACCAGCUGCUGCCCCAGAUCGGACCCCCACCCCCACCAGUGCAGAGGACCUUACCCCUGGCAGUGUGGAGGAAGCAGAGGAGGCGGAACCUGAUGAAGAGUUCAAAGAUGCAAUUGAGGAGAACCAGCUGCUGGUCAUGGAGGAUGAUGAGAGCUCUCAGUGCUCAGCAGAUUUUGACCUCAGCCUCCCAGACAAUGGUUUUAUGAGCAAGAAUGAGGUGAUCCGCAGCAAGGUGUCCCGCCUGACCGAGCGCCUGCGCAAGCGCUACCCCAGCAACAACUUCGGGAACUGCACAGGCUGUGCUGCCACCUUCUCUGUGCUCAAGAAGAGGCGGAGCUGCAGUAACUGUGGGAACAGCUUCUGCUCCAGGUGUUGUUCCUUCAAAGUCCCCAAGGCUGUGAUGGGAGCCACGGCCCCGGAGGCUCAGAAGGAGACAGUGUUCGUGUGCGCGCUCUGCAACCAGGUGCUCAUCAAGUGAUGAAACAGGCCCAGCCACCUCCUGUGUCCUGCACUGCCUGACACCUGGGACAGCGGGCAGGCACCCCUGCCACUGGCAGCCUGGAGUGUUUGGAUCCCAGCACGGCAUUCCCCUGCCAGAGGAUGCUUGCACUUGUGCUCCUCCUGCCAGCGCCAGGCUGGACGGACCAGCCUUCCUUGCCAUGCACCAGCUGGGUCGCUGUGGUGGAGCACUGCCCACGGCUGUGCCCCAUCCCUGCAGCUGCUCCAAGCCCUGGGUGCUCUCUGGCACUUGCUGUGCCCUGCCACGUGCUUGCCCAGGCCCUUUGGCCUGGCUCAGUGAUGGAAGAGCCAUCCUUCCUACUCGUGGUCCUGCCUUCACCUCCUCGGUGGGGCAGAACAACCUCAGGGCUCUGUCCCUACCUUUCCCAGCACUGUGCUACAAGUGACUGUAUUUUUGGGAUCAGUUCAGAGCUUCUCCUGCAUCCUUUGGGGUCUAGACUAGCUAGGUCUUUCAUCCUGGCUCAGCUGAGACUCUGCUAGUCACUCCUGUGCUCCUCAGCCUCACUGCCUGCAGGUUUAGUCUUUUCCCCCUGAAUUUGGCUGUAACCCAGAGGAGGAAAGGGAAUGAGUUUGGAUUGGGCUGUGUGGCUGGGUCUCCAGUGUGACAAAAAGCAGGAGUUGGUGCUGCUCUGUGCACUUAGUGACUGCUGCUUUCUACUACAAAUUAAUAUAUAAAUGCAUAUAGAGAAUGACCAAUAAAUCUCUUGUCCUCA